AUGGCCAUCAAAAAUAAUCUUUACAAGCAGUCACUAGUUAGGAGUGCAAACUCUCAUCUGAACUUGCUGGACCAGCAGUCUGGUGAAAGACGCUGGACUAGAGACUGGUUUAACCCUCCGAAGCCCAAGACGAACGAAGGAGGAAUCGCAAACGGGAUCAAUGGAAUCGUUGGAUCGAGCGCUCCGGAUUCGCAAUCCACCACACCUCAGCCGGUUGCGAUAUAUCCGUUUGAAUUGAAGACGUGGGUAUUGAAGACGGAUGAAGCGAGUGAGCCAAUUGUCGAUGGAGACGAUGACGACUUCAUAGAUUUGACGAAAUUCACAACUGGUGAGCCUACAAACACGGAAUCUGAAGCUUCUGGCUCGCGGACUGAUUCAGGACUGAGUGCAGCUGAUAUAAAGGGUGCUGUUGGCGGGGAUGCCAUUCCUGGGUUCUCUAGCAGUGCUGCUCAGGAGAUGAAGGAGAAAGAGCUACAAAACCAAGCCUCUUUGGACUCGGACAAGGAGUCAUCACAGACACCUGUAGCAACGCCUUCGGAGACACCGGCUGAAACUCCUGCUUCUACCGCAGAUUCGACCCCAGAAGUAUCGGAGCAGGUGGGAACGACAGAGGCUUCGGCGGAAGCCUCUGCUCAGGUUUCUGCUCCAAGUGGAAGUGCUAGUGUGUCUGAAACGCCAUCCUCGCUAGAAAUUGUGGCAGAGCCUUUCGCAGCAGGUGCCCUAGCCGGGGAGACCGGAGAGUCCACAGGUAACUCAGAGUCCCAGACGGACGCCGACGGAGAUGUCCAGAUGAACUGA